CCCAGCCCAUCGUCAAAUUAAGUAUUUUCAGUUAUUACUGUCCAGACAAUUAUGUGCGUUUUACGAACACUCCUAGCACUAUAAUUUAAAGCGUACAUAUGCUCCGGCCAUGUAACGUACGCACGCGCUAUUACUUGCCCGGCCCCCUAUCAUAUUCUAGUUGUCGCAACAUGGCGCGAACGGAGCUGUUCGAUCUUACGAAAUCGUCGAUCUAUUUGAUGGUGCUCUCUAUCUUUCUGAGGUAUGUGAGCUCACAGUCAUGCACGGCACCAUUGCUGCAGAACUGUACAUGCAAUGAUACGAUCUUCGAGUGCACAUCUGCUGGCUGGACAGAGUUUCCGAGUGAUUUGCCAAACAGGGAAAGCCUGCAGGUUAUUGACCUGAGUAACAACUCCAUCACCACAAUAUCCACCGAUGUACUAGAUGAAUACAUUCAGCUUCAAACACUGAUUCUUGCGAGGAAUGGUUUGACUAGCAUUGUAAACCAAACUUUGCCUGAAGGCUUCACACAAAUUGACCUUAGGUCAAAUCCCGUUGUGUGUGACAGUAGCCUAGCAUGGCUAGCCGGGAAAACUGUACUUGGAAACUGUGCCAACGGCCAGGAAAUCUCAUCCUAUCUAGAUAGUUUGAGGGCCACAGCUGGUCCACUAGCUGCUGGCCCCACACAGCCAAACCACACAGCAGAUGCACAGACUCAACCAAUGACAGAUGCUCAGUCACAGCCUAUGACAGAUGCACCAUCACAGCUUGUGACAGAUGCACGGUCACAACCCAUGACAACAUUGGCCAUGGGCGGCACUACUAAGCAGCCUGAGGAACCCAAUAACUUAUAUAUACUUGCCAUUGUCAUACCGGUCCUUGUCAUUGUGGUGAUUUGUAUUGCCGUUGUCAUCUUCACCCGCAAGAAUCGCAAACAGCAAGAGACUUACAACUCAUCCAUUCGCUACUCGGUAGUCCGUAAGGAUGCAGGAGCUGGUAACCGGGUCUAUAGCGAUGUCACCACUGAGUUAUAGUGACCUUAUGUUGUAUAAGGCCAUUAGACACUGAGUGUAGGGCUGUGAGUUAAAGGUCGUUUUUUUUCCGUUGAUUAAUUGUUCCCUUUCAAUGUAUCAAACCACUGAUUCAUGUUAUGCAUUUGCCAUAUCUGCCAAAACUUUUGUCUGGGCAUCAUGGCAGUAUUACAUUUCUCACUGGUAGCAAUAGCAUCCAAAUGUGUGUUCAUCCCACUUUUUAGAAGUUUCAUGCGUGGAAUUGAGGUAUUGUGCUAAACAGAACCCUGAAUAUUCACAGAGUAACUUCAGUUACACCAAAUAUUGUAACCAAACAAAGGAUUCAACAACUGCUUAAUUGAAUAACUGAAUAGUCACCACAGCCCCAGGAGAUAGUCACCACAGCCCCAGGAGAUAGUCACCACAGCCCCAGGAGAUAGUCACCACAGCCCCAGGAGAGAGUGUUUUUUGUCAGUUUGAUUCCAGUAGUAUUCUUGGAAAAUGAAGGGCUAUUUAACAAUGUCCAUGAUACCGAGCAGAAUUUUGCGGCAGUUUUAUCCUAGAAUAGAGGCACCUAAGCAUGGCUUGACAAGAAAGUCAGAGAGCUUCAGUGAGAGGAUUCAAAGAAAUCAAAGUCUGGUCUUCGUGGCAACAUCUGCUCCGAGCAGAACAAAAGGGGGCUUUUUGGGGGGAUACUCGCAUUUGACAGGAGUACGCUGAGUAUGCGUAACUAAUUUACGCCGGCAUGUAUGGUCUUUGCAUACACCCAGAAUGCGUGCCAGAACCCAUUUGUAACCACCUGUCUUUCUUUUUGCCGAUUGGGGGUGCACUUCAGCUCGGGGCGGAGAGUUAGUUUGGUUCGGAAUUCCUUGGGUGUCUCUUUCAGAGAGGUAUUAAAAAGUACAGUAGUUUGGACAAUUUUACAUAAUCUGUGUAAUCCGUCAAAAUAGAGUGGAAAAAUAGUGUGGGACACUUGGGAACUGAAGUAGGGAAAUUUGAAGGUGCUUUCCAGGAAUUGUACUAUGAAUUUCCAGACAUGCCAUGGGGCUUUAGUGAUUGUCCUUGAAGAAGUGUGGGAUUUUUCUAAAAAUUCUAGAAAAGUCCUAAAAAAUUCCAACUCUUGGACUACCUUUGGAAAGACCCAAACGAUCUCGAGAACUGAUGGAAAUUUACCUUGAAGUCUGCGUAUAAGAUGGAAAGCAGCAUUAGCAUUGUUGGAGGAUAUAAAGACUUUGAAGAUGGUGACACUGUAUUAGAUUGGAGUUUUUAAUUCAUUUACUUAUUGUUUUAGCACAUUUUUAAUUUAUCUUUUGUAUUUUUUGUUUUUUCACCAUUCAAGUAAGUGCCUAAGUUUUAAAACCAAAUUGUACAUAUCUAUCAAAGUGCACUUGGCAGAUUAUGUGUGAGUGUGUAUAUAUAUUGGGGACAGAUUGUUUGUCUAAAUUAUUAACAGGGAAAUGUGUACUGUAUUUAUGAUAACGUCUUGGAUUUUUCGUUAACAUUUCCUGUUGUGUUUUCAAAGUUGAAGUUCUGUGGGGCAUUGCUUCUACAGAAAGCUUGAUUGGCCCCGCUGCUGUUUGCUUGUGACAAUGUGGGUAAUGCAUUUACUCUGUUGAUUUUGUGCAAACACCACAUUUGUGUUAACCACUUCGUGCCGGGUUCAGUUAAAAUGGCCAUGCAGAAAUACGGCGUUUUUCAUGAUUUUCCGUUUUUAAAAUUCUUCAAAAAUUCAUUACUUCAUUUACUGGACGUAUAUACCCACACAGUCUGGUUUCUGCUCUAUUCUGACAGGUAACAUCUAUUGACGCCCGUGUAUUUCAGCCAGGCCUACUGUCUUGUAAACAGAGCCCAGAUUGUGUGGUGUUGCGUAAUUUUUUUUGUUCUCGAAACUAGAGCAGUUCGCUGCUUGCGUCUUUUUCAGUAGGGCGAGAUUAGCGUGCAGCGGUAUUGUGUUGUUCAGUGCUGGAGAGCUUUCGUCCGUGGUUGUAAUCCUUCAUAUUGAAUGCCACAAAUAAUGGUAUAGUUUUUCAAACACAGGACAGAUCACCUCUGCCAUUGACGAAUGAAAAAUGAAAAAAAACAGUAGCAUGGCUCCUUUGUCCAAUUUUGGGCUCCCCAGCUAUGCGUACAAACAAACAUGUAAGGUAUCCGAUACCGGGUCCCCCAGCGCAAAGUGGUUAAGAGUUUUUGCAGUGACUGGAUUGGGCACAUUAUGAUCCAGUAUGUCUAAAGCCUGUGACUGUUACUGACAUGCUGGAUGUCACUAGGAAGUGGCUUGGUUUAUACCAAGUCCACUAUGCAUGCACAAAAUCAUUGACCUUUUAUGCCAUCUGGCAGACAUACUAUGCUACAAUUUAUUUUUUCAUGAAAUGGUUUCAAAACAGUAUUUUUUCAUAUGAAACUGUGACUGUGAGUUUGGUGUUUCUCUGCAUAAUAGUUACGUAUAUAAAAGUCAUGUAUUUAUAGUACAGAAAAGGGGACUUCUGGUCACCACAUUGUAAGUAUACACUUCUUGAUUCAAUAUUGGUAAAUCUUUAGUGUAUUUAUUGUACUCACAGACAUACAUCUAUUAGUUCGACCAAAAAUUUAAAUUUUUCAAAAAAAGGCAAAUACACCAGGCAAUUUGUGAUGUACAGCAAAGCAACGCAGAUAUUGGCUUGAUGGAGUAAUUUAAUUAAUACAUGUAUUCUUACCACAAUGUCAUUUUGCAGCAGAGUGAAUUUUGCUAUCAGGACAGACAGUGUACAGCAUUUAAGUUCAAUAAGCUGUCUGCUUUCACAGAGUCCUGAGAUUUGUGUGUCUGUACAAACUGAAUGGUGGAUCAGUGUGUGCAUGUAUAUGUAUUUGUAUAUACAGUCGAACCUCGUUAAUAAGAGGUCCUUCACACUUGGCAAAUUACCUCGUUGUAACAGGAACCCUGUUUUAUCAGGAAUGAAGCAAAAGAAGAACAAAGGAUUGAGACCUUGAAAUGUCUUUGUGUUCAGCAGAAUCUUGUAUUAUCAGUGCUCUUGUUAACGAGGUUCAACUGUACACAUUCACUAGAGGCCACUUAGGCCACACCCGGUGGUUUAACCCAUGAGCCAUGGCUGUGUAUAUGCACUGAGAUGUUUGGAUCAGAUUUAUAUGUCAUCUUGUGUGAACAGGCCAAGCAUUGAAAGGACAAGAUAAAAUUUGAAAGAACUACUCAGUGUCCUUUAACAUGUUUCAAGCAUUUAACUUACCAAAGUGCCCCCUGCAAUCGUCUCUGUCUUGAUUUAUAAUUUUUCGAGGAAGAAGAAGCAGUCGUAAGUGUAAAGUAGCCAAAAUUUAUCAAGCAUUGUUAUUGAAGAAUGAUAUAAAUGCAGGUUUUUUCUGUGUUUGUCUAGAUUAAUUCUGAAGUCAAUGCACAGAAACUAGCAUUAACCACUUCGUGCCGGGGCAUUUUUCAAUGUUGAUGAUGCAGGGCCGGCAUGACUAUCAUUUUUUCCGUUU